AUGGAGGAUGCAAUCCAUAAGGCGAGACUUCUGCUCCAACAGCAGCAGCAGCAACAGCAGCAGCUGAAAGAGCUACAGGCGCAGCAGCUACUGCUACAGCAACAGCAGCUAAACCAUCAAAAGGCCGAGAAGGAGCUGAGGGAGAGACAACAGCAGCUGCAGAAGGAAGAACUUGCGCUUCAUUCCAGGCAGCACCAGCAGCAGCAGCAGCAGCAACGGGCGGUCAGUUUCCAGCACCAGCAAAAGCGCCUCAUUGGUGCUUCACAUGCUGCUGUUGCUUCCUUGCAGCAACAGCUCCAGCUUCUCCGAGUGUUACUACAACACAGCCUACGAGACGCUGCAGCGUGGAUGGAAAGCAGCCUUGUCGGGUUCAAAGCUGUUUGCGACAGACAGGUUGGCGCAGCUGCAACCACAGCGGCUGAGGCAGCUGCAGCGCAUGACCAGCAGAAACAGCAGCUACAGCAAAGUAUCAACUUGCUGCAACUGGAGCUGCAGCGCGCUGUGGGAGCUAAGCAGCAACAAGAAAAGCUAGUUGAAACGCUGCGAACUCAACAAGAGGAACAACGUGAGGCAGCAUCGGUGGCAGCCGCGCAGCAGGCGGAGGAACAGCUAAAGCAGCAGCAGUUAAUACAGCAGCAACACGUGGAACAGAUUCAAGAACUCCAGUGUGCCCACAAGAAACAGCUACAGGAAGUCCAGCAACAACACCAACGGCAACUGCAGCAGCAGCUGCUUCAGCAGCAGCAAGCGUCCAGCAGCGAAAGGGAACAGCUCCGGCAGCAACUUCAGGAGGCUCAAGAAGCACUAGAAACGCUGAGACUACAGAGAGAAGAUGAAAGGGCGGAAAGGGAUAAGCAGCAGAAAGCCAAGGAAACCGAAUUGAGGCGAGUAAAGGAAAGCAACAUCCUUCUUCGUCAGCAGUUACAACAGCAGGAGCAACAGAUACAUACGCACCAACAGCAGCUGACCCUGCUGCAGGAGCAGGCUGAGAAAGAUGCACAGAAGCAAAAGGAGAAGCAGCAACAGCAGGAACAGCAGAUGUUGCAGGCUGUAGAGCAGCUGAACGCGGCCGCCUCUCACAAAGAGGCCAGAUUGCAGACCCUGCAGCGAGAGAAAGAAGCCGAUAAAUUGCAACUAGAGAGGUAUUUCCAGAUCCUACGGCAUUCCCUCUUAGAUAAAAUCACCAAAUGCAUUUUUGUUGUGCGUUAG